AUUGGUUCCCGCCCCGCGCGCGGCCCGCCCGCCCAGUUGCGCGCGCCGGCGGGUCGGAGAUGGAGAGCCAACCGGCGUCCGACAGCGACGAGACCAUCGUGGAGGGUUCGGUCCACGAGAGCGAAGACGAGGCGGAAGACCGGCGCGUGGAGAGAAUGCUGUUUAUUCAUAAAAAUGCUUUUCAGCUGUACCAUACAAUGAGUGAUUUCACUUCAGGGACAGAAGCACCAUUUGGAGGAAGUUCAUCACCUGUGAUUCAGAUGAUACCUAAAACCAAAUGUUUCCGACUGCACAUGGAAAAUCGUCAACAGCAAGUGAAAACUCUGGCUUAUGAUGAAUCAAUGCAGUUAGGGCAAUCACAGACUUUACUGAGAUCGGGUGUGACAUGUUUGACUGGUGUAUCUAGCAGUGAUGGAACUAGCCCUCAUGUGACUCAUGUCGAUAUUGAACAUAACUACAGUCGAGGAAGUCUAACAGACUCGACCGAUGUGCAUCUAGAACUUCUACAAUUGAAGAAAGAGAAGUUAAAGUUGGAAAUAUUGAAUGCCAAAUUAUGGAACAAGGUGCUUGAUCUACAAAAAGAUGUGUUAGACAUUCAGAAACGGAACCUACAAAGCCUUAAACACCCCAUCACUAAUUCAGACUCCAGUAAUAUCCCUCCAGUUAUCAUUGGUGAUGUUCCACAUGCCUUGCCAAAAUUUGCUGUAAUAAUUGAAUCAAACGUUUUUGAGAUUUAUUUUAAAGUUUAAUAUAUGUGAACGUUUAAUUGCUUGUAAAGUAUUCAAGAGUUUAUAAAAGUAGUAUGUGAACUAUUCUUUGUUAAAGUUAUAAUUUAUUAUUGAUAUAUUUUUGGAGCAACAAGUAUUUGUAGUUUCAUAAGUGGACUGACAUUUCUUUCUGGGAGAAAGUCUCAGAUGGUAACCGGAGCAACUGAUAAGGGGAAUUAUAAAUCUGGAAAUGAUGCUAUGUGUUUGUAUCAGAUAUUUAAUUAAAACAGUUAUCUUUUAUUUUAAAGAUCUAUUAUUCUCAAAGGAAUUUGAAACAAAUAAAUUAAGUAUUCACACAGCAAUAUUACCACUUGACUGUUAUUCAGUGAAGUAAAUGGGUCAAAGAGAUGAUUUGAUACAUUUUCUGAAUGAAUCUAACAUUUUUAGACCAAUAUCAGUUAAACUCAAAAUGUCUGGAGCUCUGCCUGUGUACUUUCACUCCACUCACUUUAAUGGAACUGAAUUUAAGAAAUGGUGGAAAAUUCUCUUUCUAUUACUACUAUAUUGCACUACUUCCUGGGGAAGAAUUUCUAGAUAAAUAUGCUUUGUGCUAAAAUUUGCAAUUGGUGAUAAUAGAUGGAUAUUUGGGAGAAAAAAACAUCUUUGGUUGCUAGGAAUAAAUGCAUGUGGCAGUAUUGUUUGGUAGAAGUCAAUGGAAAUUUUUUUUUGAACAACCUUUUUAAUGGUGAUUGCUACAAGCAUAGCUUUAUAACAACAGGCAGCAUGAAUGAACUUUCAGAUUACUGGCUGGGAUGAAGAAUUAAAUGUACGGGGCUGAAUGCUUUAAAAUAGAUCAAGUGGAAAUUGUGAAUCUUAUUAAAAUUUGCUUCCAUCCAUCUAUGCUGCUUCUUAGUCAAGAAUGUAUUCUCUACCAUUCAAUACCAAUUUCAAGGGUGACAUUAUGCAUCAGGUCAGUUAAGAACAUUUGAGAUAAUGUGGUUAGGUAGUAUAAAUAUGUAAAAUGGUUUGAUAGGAUUCUAUGGAGCAUAACAAAGACUGUUAAAGCUUGACAACAGAAACUACUGGAAACACUCUGCAAAUCAGGCAACAGUAUUUUCAGCAUUUUCUAUUUCUAUUUCAGAUUUGCUGCAUCUGUAUUUUGCUUUUUGUAAAUCCAUAAACACAUUUAAAUAUGCUCUAGUAUAUUCAUACAUACUAUUUUCAUCCAAAAUGUAUUAAAAUGUAAAAGGAAAUGCAGCGAACUUAAACUAUUAACAUAGUUUCACAUGAUCUAAUUGUAGUAGCUAAUCUGCACAUUAUCAUGGAUAGUUAUGGGAGCGAGUUUCAAUACUAUCUAUAUUUUGUGGUUCAAUUUGAGUAUUGCUUAUGUGGUUUAUGAUGUAAUUCAAAACUAUCAGUAUAACUUUCUAACCCAAUAAACAAAUGUUUGAGCCUGUGUAUUUCAAACCUGGGCCCAAUUAAGUAAUUUUAUACUCGUCAAAAUGACAUGCUGGAUGCAGAGAAAAUCAUUCUUAUUCGGUGGAAGUGAGGUGAAACAUGAUGGCAGCAAGAAUAAAUGAUUUCAGUUAAUUUUGACUUCAACUUUUUUGUUAACUAUGUUCUGAUAAAAAUAAUACACUUGUGUGCAUAUGCUAAAAAGCUUGUUUUACUGUGGAUCAUCUGAUAUCCACAAGUUAUUUUGUUCAUUGUGCUAUCAGGAAUUGCUAAACUAAUAAUAAAAAUGAAGUCUUGGGAUUUAUAUGUCCUUAAUAGAAACACCUUCAAGUUAUGUAUAUGUGCCUUAAAUGUUGAAAGAUCUGCUGAUUAUUACUAAUGUAAUGUUGAUUUAUGAAUGUACAGUUUUAAGAAUAAAGUGGUUAUCUUGAUAAUU